AUGGCGAUCCAAACCGUCCUCUCGGGCCUAACCACCCUCGCCCUCACCCCGACACGACUCGCAGCACUCCUUUCCCUCCUCUGGCUCCUCUACGCCCUCCAGCUCGGCGUCCGCCGCCUCUACUUCAGCCCCGUCUCCCACGUCCCGGGUCCGCGCCUCGCGGCGCUGACGCAGCUGUACGAGUUCUACUACGACAUUGUCCUCGGCGGGCAGUACACGUUCAAGAUUAUCGAGCUGCACCGGCGGUACGGGCCCGUGGUGCGGAUUAGUCCGUGGGAGGUGCACGUCGGCGACCCGGAGUUCUUUUCGGAGCUGUAUACGGGACCGGGGAGGGUCAGGGAGAAGUGGGGGUUUUAUACGCAGCAAGUAUGUGAUGUUUAUUUUGGAUCCCCUGGCAAAUGCCUUGAGCUAACGAUACCUGGAGAGAGCGCGCUGGCGACUGUGAACCAUGAUCACCACAAACUUCGGCGCGCGGCGCUGAACCCCUUCUUCUCGACGCAGACAGUCCGCAAGUUGCAGCCUGUUAUCGAGGAACGGGUCGAUGCGCUGCUUGACCGUCUUCUGGAACUUAGCGAGAGGUCCAAGGAGCCGUUGGACGUCAUGUAUCCCUUUUCGGCCUUUACUAAUGAUGUCAUUAACGAAUAUAGCUUCGCCAGGAGUGACCACCUAAUCGAGGACGAGACGUUCGGCAAGGUGGUGACGGAUAACCUCCUCAUGGGUACGCAUCUGGGGCCCAUGAUCAAGCAUAUGAACUGGGCCCUGACGCUGGUCAACGCACUACCGGAAUCAUUUUCCGGGCGUUUCGUUCCCGGCUGGGGCGGCUUCCUCAAGAUGAAGAACGACAUCAAGGACCAAAUCGGCGAGAUCAAAGCCACGCAGCACACGGAAAAGUGGCAAUUAGACGUCAGCCACCCGACAAUCUUCCACGACAUGCUCUCCUCUAAGCUCCUGCCGCCCGCCGAGAAGACGGUUUCGCGGCUCGCGCAGGACGGACAGAUUUUGGUGCAGGGCGGCACGCUCACGACGUCGUGGACGCUGUCCCUGGCCGUGUUCCACCUCAUCAACCGGCCCUCGACGCUGCGCCGGCUGCGCGACGAGCUCUUCUCCGCGAUCCCGGACCGCGAUGCCGUGGUGCCGCUCGCGGAGCUGGAGAACCUGCCAUACCUGCGGGGUGUCGUCAAGGAGGCGCUGCGGCUCGGAUUCGGGACGAGUUCGCGGCUGGCGAGGGUGUGCCCCGACGAGACGCUGGUGUAUCACGACAAGGACGGCAGUGGCAGGAGCGUGCACCUCCCGCCCGGGACGGUGAUUGGGAUGAGCACGUACAAGACGCAGACGGAUCCGCGCAUUUACUAUGACCCGUUUGGGUUCCAUCCGGAGCGGUGGGUGGAGGACGGCGAGCGGCUGGAAAAGUAUUUGACCGUGUUUUGCGGGGGCACGCGGGUGUGUCUCGGGAUGGCGCUAGCGCAGGCCGAGUUGUAUCUCAUGCUCGCGAAGCUAUUCCGGCGGUGGGGCGGAGCGGGCGUCGUGGACGGUAGUGGAAAGGAAGGAGAGGACCGGCGGGCGGGUGAUGUUGGUGUGCUCAGGAUCUUUGAGACGACGGUGAGAGACUGUGAGAUGGCUGCGGACUAUUUUAUUCCAAUCCCUUAUAAGGAAUCCAAGGGGAUCCGCGUGGUGUUUGACAGACAGCACUGA